AUGCAGGUUACCAAGAUUGUCGGUACCCUCGCACUGUUUGUUUCCGCGGCGGCAGCCGUCACCCCCCGCGUUGUCCAGAUUGACAAGCGUGGCGAGAAUUACGGGGGAAAAACCCCUCCCAACUCGCCUGCUCUGGAGAAGGAGUUGCCGCGUUUGCAGAUGCUCAAAACAAGCGUGACACAAAAGGACAGAAUUGAGGAUUAA